UUCAUGUUGUAAAUUGUCAAAGAAAGUGAUGGUGAAUAAUGGGGGAACUGCCACCUUCACCUGCGAAUAUUCACAAAAUCAUAUUAAUAAUGUUAAGAUCAUAUUCAAAGAGAGAAAAUACUCUAUUGAUAUGAUGUACAGUGCAUGGAAUAAGGAGGAAAGAUUUAGCAUUUCAGAUGACAGAGAUAAAAACCUCUUCAGUGUGAGGAUUACUGCUGUGACACCAGAUGAUGGAGGAGUUUAUUUGUGUGGAGUUUGGCACUACAGACACCCGUACAGUUACUCCAUUAUUAAUACUGUUCAUCUGCAUAUUAAUUCUAAAGUGGGCGUGUCUAGAGUGAGCGGCUACUCAGGAGGUGGUCUGAUGAUCAAGUGUGAACAUCCUCAAUACAAAACCAAGACAAAAUACAUCUGUAAAGAAUCAGCUGGAUGUUCAGAGAGGAAGAAUCCAGGAGUUCAGGAUGAAUGGAUGGAGAAUGGAGAUGUUUCUUUAUAUGACGACACCAGAGCAGGGGUCUUGAUGGUGUUUUUUAGAGAGCUGAAAACUGCAGAUGCAGGAACAUACAGGUGUGGAGUGAAAGUAUCUGACUAUACUGAGAGCUUCACUCAACUUCAGCUGAGCGUCAAACACGGUGAGGAACCUCAGAUACUGUAUCUUGUUCUAUAAAAUCUUUGUUCUGAUUUUUAGAUCAUUUCUAUUGGUUUAUAGAUGCAAAAUAUCUACAGAAUGUGACUGAAUCUGCUUAUGUUGGUGAAGAAGUCAGCAUCAGCUGUCAGAUCUCAGAGGAACAUAAAGUCCAUUUCUGUAAAGAGGAUGAUAAUCACAUCUGUCAGAACAUCAGCUCAUCUAAAGUGACACAAAUGAGUGGUUUAUCUGAGAGAAAUGAAGAGAGUUUUUACAGUGAGCAUCAGUAAUGUGAGCGUGAGAGAUGCUGGAGUUUACUGGUGUGGAGCAGAAACCAGAGACACAUAUUUGACUUUCAUCUCCCUGACCACGAAAAUACAGCUCAACCUCAUCAUGGCUCCAGUAGUGAGACAUGAAGGAGAAUCUGCUGAGAUCAUCUGUCCUUAUGAUUCAAUCUAUAAAUCAAACACAAAGUCUCUCUGUAAGGGGAAGUGCUCCACUAGAGACAAAAAUCCUCUCAGUGAGACUGUGAGAGAAGAGAAAGAGACCAAGACUGACAGACUGACUCUGAAAGAUAACGUCACUGCAAGUGUCUUCACUGGGACCAUCACUGGACUGACAGCAGAGGAUGCUGGGAAAUACUGGUGUGCAGUGACAUUAGAAACAGACCUCAAUUAUCUUUUCACUCAUCUGAUGGUCAUCAUGAACGAGGAGCUGAACUUGACUAAGUAUGAAGGAGACGACGUGUCAAUCCAGUGCAAACAUCAUGAUGAAGAUCAGAAAAGCUUCUGCAAAGCACAUGAAGCCUCCAUGUGUGUGAAGGAUGGAGUUUCAUUGGAGACGAUCAGAGAUGAUCGAUUCUCUUUCAGUGAUGAAGCAUCUACUGGAGUCUUUACUGUGAACAUCACUGAUCUGAGAGAAGAGGAUUCUGGGAUAUACUGGUGUGGAGCUCACGUCACCACUAGAGUCAGUCUCACUGUUAAAAAGGAUUUCUCUUUGCUCAACAUUAUUUCUAUGUGUUUGACACUGCUGCUGAUUGGAGGAUUCACUGUGACUGAGUGUUUAUUAAGAUGAGGUCACAAACAUACUUUGAGCCUUCACUGUCAUUGGUGAAUAAAGACUCAGUUUUUCCAUCCAGCUCAAAGCCACAGAAAACAGGUGAAGGUUCAGGGUCUCAGUAUGACUGUGAAGAUUAAACCCACAGUAAAGAGAGAGAUGCUGAACAUUGUUUGUGGGCAGAAGACAAAGAUAAAGAUUUACUUGUUGUUACUUAAGAUGUUCCAUAAUUGAAAAAUAUGUUAAACUGUUUAGACGUAUAAAACUGUGUAUAUUUGUGUUAAUUCUAUUUUAUAAAAGCAACAACUGCAGUUUUAUCACUGUGAGUAUAUUUUGUUUACUUUGAUUGUGUGUGUAAUUCUGUUCUCAAUUGGUCUAUUCACCAAUUCUAAUUGUUUGUAAAUUAAUGGGAUGAUGUACAAACUGAAUAAAAUUGAGAAAAAAGUGAAUUGUAAAUUUAACAGGUAGAACAGAAGGUGCUGAAGAAAACCAGUGUGACAAGCUCUUGUGCUUGUGGUUUCAUUUUGCUCUUGCAUAAAUCAUAAUUCUGUAUUUAGAAAAACAGUAAUUCUUCAAGGUUUUUUAGGUCAUAUACUGUACAUCUAGAGGUUGUGAAAGUCAUGAUGCUUCUGUAGUAUGUAGAAUAUGUAUGUUUUUACUUUUUAUUUUUAUUUUUUUACAGCAUCACUGUUACUGUUUUAUUUGUUACCAACU